CACCUACACUUAAAAAGUGAGCAUGGCUACGUUAGACGAUAAACUAUUGGGCGAGAAGCUGGAAAACUAUUGCAGCAGCAGCGAAGAUGAAGCUGCGGAUGAUGAUUGCGAUUCGAGCGAAGCCUCCGGUACGGGAAAGUCAGGCGGUAAGCAGGGUUCAUCUUCCUCAAAAUCCCAAUUUCGUAGCGUGGUCGAUAUGGAACAACCGACGCUGACGCAGAACAAAACGCAUUGGACGGGAACGACGGGCAAUACGGGUCCGAAGGGAGUGAUACAGGACUGGCAACGGUUCAAGCAACUGGAAGCGGAACGGCGCGAACAGGAUGAAGCGGAAAAGUUGCGCUUGCUCAAAAAGCUCAGCAUUACGGCACGCACCAAGGAGGAAGAUAAAGCGGCCGAAGCGAUGAGCGAACUGGAUGCCGAGUUUCAGGAGUUAAUGGAUGAGGACUUUCUGCUAGAAUACCAGCGCAAACGAAUGAACGAGAUGCUUGCCUUGAUGGACAAAAAGGGUUGCUAUGGCGAGCUGAUCCAUCUGAAGGAUGGGGGAGAUUUUUUGCAAGCCGUCGAUAAGGAAGAUAAAAACACGACCGUUGUGAUACAUAUCUAUCGUGAAAAGUAUGGCCCAUGCGUGAAGAUGAAUGAAGCACUCACGAAACUGGCGAAGGAGUACACGAACGUGAAGUUUUGCAAGUUUGUCAGCAGCGAUGCUGGCCUUAGCAACAUGUUUAAAGCUUCCGGCGUACCGGCCCUGCUGAUCUACAAGGGUGGUCAGAUGAUCGGGAACUUUGUAAAGCUGGUCGAUGACCUUAGCGAUGAGUUUGAUUUCAGCGAUGUCGAGAGCUUUCUGGUGGAGAAUGGCAUCAUCAAUGACAAAACCUGCAAACCGACUAUCGUUGAGCAGAAAUAGAACCCGAGAAAGA